AGAAGAGCCGCUCUCUGCACCCAGCUUCACUCGUUACUACAGAGACGGAGAAAGAUGCCAGAACCAGCGAAGUCUGCGCCUAAGAAGGGCUCCAAGAAAGCGGUGACCAAGAGCGCCGGGAAGGGCGGCAAAAAGAGGAAGAGGACCAGGAGGGAGAGCUAUGCUAUCUAUGUGUACAAGGUGUUGAAGCAGGUCCAUCCAGACACCGGUAUUUCGUCCAAAGCCAUGGGCAUCAUGAACUCGUUUGUCAGCGACAUCUUCGAGCGUAUCGCCGGAGAGGCCUCCCGGCUGGCUCACUACAACAAGCGCUCGACCAUCACCUCCAGGGAGAUCCAGACGGCCGUCAGGCUGCUGCUGCCCGGUGAGCUGGCCAAGCACGCCGUGUCUGAGGGCACCAAGGCCGUCACCAAGUACACCAGCUCCAAGUAAACGAGUUAAAUGUCCACAACACAACGGCUCUUUUAAGAGCCACCCACUUGAUCUGCAGAGCUAUAAAUCCACUUACAGCUGUGUUAAAACUGAUAGAUAAAGCUUUCCUCAUAUACUAGCAUAAAGCAUAUCAUAGAAAGCCAAUACAAGUGAGAGAACUAGGCAUUUGACUCCACACUACACUACAAAGCUCGUUUCUGCAGCAAAACAUUACUCAAAUUUGAAAGUCAGUGUUUUGCUAAAAUUAUUUUCUUCAGUCC